AUGGAAAAUAAGGUUGCCAAGUUCAGCGCAGGGUGUCCCCAGAUCGGUCUUGUGGGAGCCUUUCCCCAUGGCGACAACAGUUAUUCUACGUCGAACUCCUUGAAAUGGGCCCCCUGUGAUCUUGACUUCCCAAAGGAGACGAAGGGAAGUAUAACCGUGCCAAUUUAUUGCGCAACUCUUGAAGUCCCACUGGACUACACAAGUCUAGACUCUGAGAGGACCAUCCAGUUACAACUGCUCAAAGUCAACGCGACCAAAGAGCCGUUUAAAGGAAGUGUCAUCUUCAACCCCGGGGGGCCAGGAAAUUCAGGAGUGGAGGAGGUUGCUCUUAAGGGCCACACUUAUAGAGAUGUGUUUGGUGGACAGUUUGAUGUAAUAGGGUUUGACCCUCGCGGCACGGGGAGGACCAUCCCAUUUGUAUGUGACUUAGGGAAAGACAGCAAGACUUCAAAGAGCUUGUCCCACCGCGGAAAUAGUACAAUCCUGCCACAAGACGAUGCAUGGAGCAUACUGCAGUCCAGGGCUUGGAGCGACGGUGGUUGGUUCGCCGAUGCCUGCUACGAGAGCCAGAAAGACACUGGACGCUUCUUGAGCACCGCUUUCGUAGCGCGGGAUAUGCUUCGUAUUGUGGAUUCCCUUGAUGAGGACGGGAAGCUUCGAUUCUGGGGACGCUCCUACAGUACCACCUUAGGGCAGACAUUUGCCGCCAUGUUCCCUGAUCGUAUUGACCGCAUGCUCCUGGAUAGCGUGCAGAUUCCCGAAGACUACCAUAGUGGCCAGUGGCUCACAUCAACAUCCGGCACGCAGGCCUCUCUGCUAAACUUCUUCUCGGAAUGCGUUAACGCUGGACCCUCCCUCUGCCCAAUCGCUAACUUCUCUGGGCCCGAGACCACCCCAGAAGACCUCAUGGACGCCAUCGCUGAAGUGUUUCAAGAACUUCGCGAUCAGCCUAUCUACCUCCCCGACUCCUAUGUUUCCCCGCUACCGCAGCCCUGGUGGCGACUAGGAAAAAGACCUCUCUUAUCCGAGCUGAAGUACUCCAUUCUGGUCUUCCUCUACCAGCCGGCGCAGUUCCCUGCCCUGUCCAUGAUAAUCUCCCAGGCACUUGCUCGGGACUGGACGGGUUUGACAACUCCAAGGCCCAAAGUUCCCGCGCCGGAAAAAUGGAGCAAGGGCGCGAAUGCUUUCCACGGCAUCGGCUGCGCAGAUUCAUCUUUUCGCGCCAAAUCCCCGAACGACAUGUACUCCCUUGUGCAGGCAGAGCUGGCGUACAGUACGUUUGCUGAUGCAUUUAUGCCUCAAGUAUGGCCGUGCUAUCAAUGGCGAUUUCAGGCGGCGGAGCAGUUUCAGAAAGUCUUCGAGAAUAUCAACACGAGCUACCCGAUCAUGUUCGUGAACGGUGCACAUGAUCCAAUCACGCCAUUGAGUGGUGCCUGGAAGGCGGCAACCGCAUUCUACGGCAGUAGGCUGUUGGUGCACAACGGGCAUGGACAUGGCGUGAUGAACCACCCUUCGGAAUGCACCAUUAAAGCAAUUGGGGAAUAUUUUGCUAACGGAACACUGCCUGAGCAAGGCAUGGUUUGUCAGCCAGAUAUGACGGGCUACGAGCUCUUGAAGAGUGCAGAUGCAAAUGAUGUGGGUGGAGAUGUUGAGACAAGAAGUGUUCGGAAGACAAGUUUGAUGGAGGAGGUGUACGCCCAUGCAAGGACGCCGAGCGAUUCUGGGGUAUUUGGUGAUUGA